AUGCGACAGCGGAGCGUGCAGCCGCGCCGUCCCGGUUUGCCACCACGGAGACUGAUGCGCAUAGAGGCGGCCUUCCCCGACCUUCGCCAGCCAAUGGAAGUGGAGGAUAUGGGGAGGGAAGAGGGGAGAAAGGAGAAAUCUCACCGUGCGGCUGUCGCUGGUCAUUUCAGUGGGCAUGACCGAGGAGGUGAUGGCGACGUCUGUGCUGGAUCCGACGACGAAGCCCCCAUGGAGCCAUCGCGCGUGGCGCAGGAGGCAACUGCACCGAAAAUGGUCGUCUGA